CAGAAUUGUGGUAUAUCUAACCCAUAAUACAUAAUAACUGUAAAGAAAUGCGUGAAACCUAUUAAUUGAUCAGAAAGAAGAUCAGAAACCAUUAAAUUUGAUAUCUUUGUGAGUUUCUGGAGCAAAUUCACCGAAAUAUAUGAGCAAUGAUUUAUGUCAGUCAUUGUUUUCAUUUCCAAGUGAUCCAACUACCAUCUGACACCUGUCGGUGCUUUCAAUUUAUCGACAACAGAAUAUGUGGAUGAUAUAGUUUGGGGUUAUUCGCAUUUACAAGGAGUUUCUCAGGAUAAUGCUAUAUGGUACUUUUUAGAUGAAAUACGGAUGACAUGUCGAAAUGAAGUUGCCGAGCUUGGUGUUUCCCGUAAUGGUAUAAACAUUAUCACAUUUGAACCUCAGCGACAAACAAUUGCUAAUUUAAAAUGGGAACACAUCAAAGAUCUUACUUAUGCUCGCAAAACGUUUACCAUACAACUUUUGAAAAAAGGCAAAUCCGUCCACUUUUUAUUUGAAGAUAAUGAAAGUGCUCGAUACUUAUGGCAGUUUUGUAUUCAAAUGCAUAGCAGUUACAUUGAUUACUGGACGCAUGUAAAGUCAGUUCCUCCACAACCAGCAGUUCACAUAUCGGAACCUCCAGAUAUAUUACGAGGUACAGAAUUACGAUGUACUCAUUCUGGUUCACCGGUAUUAAACGGAUUUGUUACGGAAUUACCUACUUCUCAGCAAACAAGUCAACAAUGUAGUAAAUAUUCAAUCGAACCAUCCAAAGUUGAAACACAAGCCAAUUCUGCCAAUAACUCGGAUCAACAGCAACCAGUUGCAGUGAUCAACCCAUGCAACCUAAUAAAUCAAUUCCGAAUUGAAUCAAAUUCUACCGCACUGAAUAGUGAUAGCAGAACAUUCCGGAUUAAUCCGUCCCCAAGGAGACCUAGUGAGGCUACAUGCGUUAUAUCAUGUAACUCGAACUCUGUUCAGAACAAUUUCAUGAAUAAAAUGACAGCUGCGAACACUGAUAUAUCUAACGGGUUCAAAGAUCAACAUUUGGACAGCGAAUCUGGGACACUUGUUGGUCACUGGAGUCUCAGAAGUGGUGCCGGUACAUUGGAUUCCCAACUAUUGAACAAAGGUUGUGUAACGUGUCUUCCUGGACGUGAAUGCUUGAAGCCAACUGGUUGGUUUCACUCAAAAAGUGGUGGUGUAAAUGCAGCGUCCACAUUAAAUGAGUUAAAAACUAACUAUGCCGAACCUCUGUCUUCUACACCUUUGACGAUGAAGGAAACUCCCAAGAUACAUGAAGAUAUUCCCACACCAUCCCAUACGCAGCAACAGUUGAAUGAAUUAAAUCAAGAGCCUAAAACUGGUAGGAGUCAUAGACCACAUAAGCAUCGUCAAACAAAACGUCAUCAUCCAGAACAAGAAAAGCCCGGAGUUUCUCACGUUCCUGAUGUGAAAGAUGAUUUUAUUCGAAAAGAACAAACAAACUGCUGUGAAUCCUUGACUCCUCUUCAAAUAUCAGUAGUAGGUACCGGUUUAGGUAAAAAAGAAGUAUGCCCCGAACAAUCAUCCCCUUCAUCAUUAGCAUCCUCAGAUAGCUCAUCCGAACACGUAUUAGUUUCUCCAAGAGCUUCAUUUUCUUCUUCUUCUUCGAGCUGUACAGCAAGCAUUAAAAAAAUUGACCUCGUUCAUGCCACACAACAUCAAUCUUGCAGUUCAUCUACUUCAAGUAGUUCAAGCAAUUCAAUAACGCAAGCUGAUUUUGAAGCAAGUGAAGCCAGAAAAACGUCAUUUGGUUUUGCAGCUUCCCUAUGUACAUCUUCUCAUAACGUUACUUUUAAAGGCUCAUCAAAAUCAAAUACACGUGGAAUUAAUUCCGGCUCGUCUACAUUUACAGCUGGUCGAAAGUUGUGGAAUGAACUAAUUCAGUCAAAUAACGGAGGUAUUAUACCGCUAAUUAGUGGGUUAGGUCAGCGCCAUUAUCGACCUCAAUCGAAAAUGAAGCGAUAUCAAGCCGCAGUUAUAGCAGAAGCGAAUGGUCAUAAGUGUGAAAACGAAAAUAUGACUUCCAAAGAUUUACAAAAUGUUCUUACUUCCAAAGAAACUAUUGAUAACUCUCCAUGUCACUUUCAUAAAUCAACUACACAUUUAAGUUCAUCGAAUAAUCCACUUCACGAAUUUCAACGAUGGCUUACAUCAGCUAAAAAUCGCAUUCCAUUUGGAUGGACAAAUAAUGUUAAUAAUCGAGGAACGACAAUGCAUAUUUCUUCACCACUUCCUCAUCAAACAUCUGAAAAUGUGACAAAAUCAGAAAAUGAACAUAGCUUGGACAUCAUGUUUAAUUCAGUGUCACCAACGGCUCCUCAAAACCUAAACAAUCAGUCUAAAUCACAUAUUGGACGCCUUGAAAGAUCUUCUAGUGAAUCGUAUUCACGCUCAUUUGGUUCAAACUUAAACAGUUCUAGAGGUGUUGUGCUAGUUAAUCUAGAACAUCCUAGGAUGGAUGAUGCAAACUCACAAAAACUGAGACCAUUUGCAGUUGAUGCCAAAAAUCCAGUUGCCAAUGAAUCAAAAAUUCUCACACCAACCAUUCACUUACUACCGCCUAGUCCUACACGAUCACAAUUCAAAAUAAAUGAUAAUAAACAAGUGAAUGUAGAAAAAAGUGAUUCACACGAUGUUAAUUUACCAUCACCAAUAUAUUCUAAAUUUAAAGCUAAUUUUAGAGAUUUAAAGAGUGAAGCACAGCAUCUGAAGUUGAAUACUGUUUAUAAUAAAUCUGACAGAAAUGAAGUUGACUUUAUUUCUGAACCCAAAGAAGGUAUUUUAACAAAUUUACAGUCAAAGAAUUUUACCAGGCCAUUGAAUCAAAUGCCUUUACAGCAACAAGAAAAUUUUCGUGCUACUUCCUCUUCUUCAUGGAGAUUAUUUCCAUGUCCACUUACGCUAAAUGAAGCUAAUCGCUUAGCUGUCACACCACCAAGAAAGUUUAUUAAUUCUCCGUCGGAAAAUUAUUGUUCAUCACUUACACAAUGUCAUUCCGGUAGACCUGUUUAUGGUGGGUCGGAGUAUCAGAAGUCAGACUUUGAUAAUCACACACAAGCUAUUUGCAAAGAAGAUGAAAGGCUUAAAAAUAUAAAGCAUACUCUGAGUGAAAACAUACGUCCAAGGCACUUUUCGACAACACCAAGCACACCUGUUAGUCAGCCUAACUUUAUAUGGGAGAGUAACUUUCAGCAAUCGUAUGAGCAUAAAAACUCUCCACAGAUAUCUAAUUCUUUAACUGAACAGGAUGAAUGUGAGGAUACCAAACAAGCGAAUUCGGCUUUCAACUCUACAAAUGAUAACAAAGCAUCCAAUAGCUCAUCUAACAAUAUGUGGUCCUUCUCUAACCAGUCUAGAAACAAAUCUAUUGUCGGGGCAGAAAAUUACACACCUGAAAUUAUGGAAAACAGUCAAGAGCUGGAAAAUAAACCGCUAAGUAACACUUUGCUGACUACAUCUAGCUCUUCAGAUCAAUGUAGCAUACCUCGACCAUCAUCUGGCACAAUGCACCUACUUACCAACUCAGAUAUUCAUCAACUACUGAGUUUGACUAACUUGAGAGAAACUGAACUUGCUCACCGUUUACUAGCUGAAUAUCGUCAAGUUUUACUUCAACAGCAGUCUUUACAUGCUAACAGUGUUAGUACACCUAAUCUCAGUGCAAGUCAAGAGUUGCAAAUGAUGUCUUCAUCAACUGCAGCAGAAGAUAUUGAGGGUCAAGGUGAACAUAUUAGUUCUUCAACUACAAAGAAAUUCAGAAAUACUAAAUCAAAGAAAAGAUUUGAUGAAUACAGAGCGACAUCUGUGAAGUGUCGGGAAAAUACUCACGUUUCUUCUGGUUCUAUGCGUAAUCCAUCUGGAGUCUCGAAUAACAGUCAACCAGGUGUGAAACUCAAAGUUCGACGCGAUCGGAAUGUUGAAAUUCAGUCAAUUGAUUCGCCUGAUUAUGUUAAUGCGGCGGCAUUCAGAAAUGACAGACGUGCUACGAAUGAUAGACCAUUGAGUUUGGCCAGUUCAACUGAUAUUGAUUCAAAUGCAACAUUUCGUGUACUGUCAAGUUUUGAAAUGCGUACUAGUAGCGGUGGUAACUUUUCUACUGGUAAUCUAAUUCUUCAAAAUGGUAGUAUAGGAAGUGAAGAGACAACAAUGGGUUUUUCAGUCGACUUAACGAAUUUAGAUAGUCAACCUGGAGUUGAUUCUAAUACAAGUCAGUCAUCUAACAAAUCUUCAGAUCAAGGACAAAAGUUAACUUCAGAAAAAACUGUCAAUGAAGACCACAAAGAUAAAAAUUCGAAUAAAGAAGUCUAUUCACGGGAGAAUGUAAUGCAUAAUGAGGCUGAAGAUUCAAAUGCUUAUGGACAACCACCUGAUCUGUGCAUGAUACAAAAAGGUAGUUCAUUCUCAAUUAAAGACUAUUUAAACAAGCCACGGGCGAAAGUUGAAUAUAAUCAGUUAAACUCUUUAAAUUCACAAAGUACACAACGACGACAUAUUAUAGGGGAGUAUGAAAAUCUUGAAGCCAUUUCUCAUGAAAAGAAUAAGAAGAACAAUUUACCGAACCAUCUGUGCAAUUUCAUUCAUCAGCACUAUGACAGUAAUCAAUGUGGGUCACCUGAUUCUUAUGCUCAGGCCUCGACUCUUGGUAAAAGUUUGAGCUUGUCUCACAAUACUCCUCCAGCAUCGCUGUCAACUAUAACUCGUUCAGGUACAUCUACAACUCCUUCACCUUCAACUUAUUCUGGAACUUCAUCAACUUUAUCGUCGUCGUCUUCUUAUUCAGAUUUAGGGUGCUUCGAUACAAACCAUAAAGAACUAUCACGGAAACUCUCAUUGGGUUUGAAACCGUACAACACAGGAAAAGAUGUACAACAUUCUUCCCCAUGGCACCAUUACCGUCAUGUAGAAAGUGGAACCAAGUUGAAUAAAAAUUACAGAACAGAAGGCAGAUACCAUGAUAUUCCCCUAACUGUCAUUACUCCUCGCUACAGGCGGCGGAUUAAGUAUUGUAACUGUAAUUGUCACACAUCAGUAGAUCACCUGAAGAUCAUCAAAGAUGUGAAUAAAGGUGUAAUUCCUAGUGAAAGUGCUUCAAGUAAUAUUCAAGAGUAUCAGCGGAAACAUUUAAAGUCAUCAAACCGUAAAUUGCAUCAUAUUAUCACUUCACAUACGCCAAUUGACAUCAAUCAUCUCAAUCAUCAAUCCUGCUGUUUCUGUGAGAAGAUUGAUCACAACUCACAUGAUGAUGUAAGCACAUCUGUAACCACUUCUCCUACUGAUAGUCCUUGCCUGUCAUCUGCAUCAUCCUAUUCGUUUUCCACUUCUUCUUUGGAUGUCCAGCCAACAUACAACUGUCCACAUCACCUUCAUAUACCAAGCUAUACAUCUGUAGUGAUAGCUCAUAAAAAUGAAAGAAAUCAUCGUGGUGGCAGUUUAGAGCCAACUAAAGCCAUAAAACGUUCUGUUUCACGUAAAUCAAAAUCUAAACACUUUAGUAAACCCUCAAAACGUCAGUCAUCAGUAAGAAAGGAGCAUCAUGAUACCAAUACUCAAAGUUCAUGUUCAACUGCCUUACGUUAUUCAGAAAAUUUUAAACAUGGACAUUGUAGCUGGUGUGAAUUUCAUGAAGCAGUUUCCAAAAGAGAUUUAGUAGAACAUUACGAAAAGAAGAAGAACAAGUUUAACCGUCACUUACCUUCUCGAUUACCUGUUAAUGUUACUAAUAAUAAUCUAUCUAUUCAUUCAAAGCAUUUAGAGAAUGAGUUAAAUAAAGAUGACAAGCCCCCUACUGUUAAAAGACUACCUAAUGAAGUUAGUAAUGGUAAUGAGGACAAUAGCAAUAACAGUUGUACGAAUCGUGGAGAAAUUUAUCCUACAAAUGAUAAAAGGUUAAACGAUUCACGUAUUGUGAAAGAUUUAACUGCGAAUAAUUCGUACUAUAACAAAUCCAUACGAAAUGUAGACAAUGAAAAUUCGAUCAAACCACCACGACCAAAAGAUUUAAAAUUAUUCUCAAAAAAUUCAAAUUCAGGUCAUAUUGACCUUAAAAAGUAUAGAUCAUCCUCUGGUAAAAGAAUUUCAUUCUUCAAAAAGAAAAUCUCAAAUGAAUCUCAGAUCACAAAACACGAUGAAGUUCAAGAAACAAAUAAGUUAGGCGAAGAAGAAAGUAACCAACCUAGUUGUAAGGAAAGGAGAAGCUUGCUUGGUACUCAUACACUAACUCGCACUCCUCUUCCAUCUCCUGACUUAAUCUGUGGACCUAAUGGAAAAAAGAACAACCUUACUACAGGAACACUUCGGCCUUCAAAAAUGUCCGAUCUUCGUCGUGAGACUUCACUUAAAAUAAAUGGAUCUUCGUAUAUGAGCAAGACAUGUUCCCUAGAAGACACUCCGGAGCCUGAAAAUAUAGGAGCAACAGGAACUAAAUCAAGUGCUAAGAGUGAUAUCUAUCAACAAAAAGAACUUAGUGGAUCUUUGCACAAUACUGUUUUUAGACCAUAUAGAGAACCCAAUGCCUCUCCAACGAUAUCAUUCAAACAAAAAUCAUCUCCCACAAGUGAAUCAUCUCCAUCACGUGGGCUAGUUUAUACUGCAUCUGUGGUAUUCAGACCAUCGCAACAACCGGACGCCAAAAAUAUGAGCGGCAAUGAUUAUUCAGUCGACCCAGAAAAAUCAAAACCUCAAAAUCGUCAAUCUGAACCAAAAACGAUGCCACUUCGACGUGGUUCAGCGGAAACAAAUUAUUCAAAUAAAAAUACUUCAACGCUAAGAAAAGGCAACACACUUACACCCCCAUUGAUUGGAACAGACAUGGCAGCCGACCGCAAUUCCAUGGUGUUUAGAACUCAUGUGCUGUUCGCAGAUAAAGAUAUUCAAUUAUUUACGUGA